CUGCCCUUAAGUCACCGACUCUCAGGGACGCUGAGUCUGGACUGCUCAGCAGUGGCCUGCUAGCUGGGGCUCUGCCGCAGGGUCUCAGCGGCAGAACCAGAGCCCUGGAGCAGCAUGGCUUCCGCUAGGGGCUUCGAUGAUUCCAUCAAUUCCCUCAAAACCGAAAUGUUUCAACUUGUGGAAUUGUUUUGUGAAAACCUUCCAAAGAAAUCUGAAGAAGAGGUCUGCUCGGAUCUUAUUGUAAUGGAGAGCAUAUGCAGUGCAGAUAUGGCUGACGCCGUGGAUGCUCAAGUUAACAACUCCAAAUCCUGUCCCUUGCUUCGUGAAACACAGCAAGAGUUGCGUCGCAGAGUCUGUGAGCCCUCUGGCUCCUACAGUCUCCCAGGCCCGAACCAGCCCUUUGACUCCUCCACUUCAAGGAAUUGGUACGACCGGAUACUUGAGCUAUUUGAAGAGUUCCUGCAGCGACUGCAGCAGAAGUUUCGGAAAGCCCUGGACUGGCUUAAGCAGAUAGCGGCUGCCUGCCUACAGGGCUUGCGCAGAGCGGCUGAGGCCGUCUGGAGAGUGUUGAAGGGUUUUUGCUCCUCUCUGGAGCAGCUCUUCAAGAGCCUCAUCCAGGUCUAGAAGCCCCAAAGGGUCCCCAGGGAGCUUGGCCUCAUCUAGAAGCCUCGAUUUUCCCUUCUCACAGGGCAUCUUCUGAUUCAUCCUGUACAAUUCUGCUCACCUUUGACCCAUCCUCGCAGCCUGCCUCACCCCCUCCCCUUCAGGGAGGGCACCACCCAGCCCAUCUAAGUCUCUCUGCCUGGAUUUUCCUGCACCAUGUCUGACCUGCCUGUCACUGUAGUGCUGAUGUCCUAAUAAAAGUCAG